UCCGCAACAAGUAGUUCUUUUAGUACGCCAAGUACCUCUUCGCGACUCGCAGUUGGUUAAUAUGAUUUUAUCAUUUGUUUUGAUCUUAGUUCUGUGUAGUGCGUUAUCAUUUCCACAAUACAAUAGAUUCAGUGACACUAGUCGUGGUGACAUCAGUGACAUUAAAUUAGUUCUGAAGAAGAACGCCAAACUUGGUGAGGACAAUGAUUUGGAUUUGGUGGAGCGUGUCUACGAUGCUCAAGCUCAAGAGCAAAUAGCUAUUGAUGCAUCGAAAAGAAAAUUGGAAAACUCCAGUUCGACUUUAGGGAGUGGUAGCAUAUCGCCAUCACAGAAAUUAUGGUCACUGCAACAAUGUGAACCAUAUUGCUUGCCAGUAUAUGCACCAGGUUUCAGUACCGAAGGCAUAUCAGCAAGUAGUCGACAGAACGAUGAUGACAUUUUACUCCAUUUGAGUGGCGAUAAGGAUCUGUACAAGUUCCUAGAAUGGACAAUGGAACAACUUGGUUCGGUGAACAGUUACAACGCAUCUGGCAGCUAUUAUACUGGCUUGAAUAUGUGGAAGAAGGGUCGUCGCGAGUUGCCGCUGUAUGUUGAAGAGCCCAAGUACAUUGUUGUGCGUCGUGAACCAGAUGAUUUUGAACAAAAAUUGAAUUUUGGUGACAACGAAGAUGACAUCCCAUUCAUACCGCCACGCGGUCGCAAAUAUUUUCCACAUUUUUCUCGAGAAGAUUCCUUUAUACCGCAUCGCGGCAAAAAGGACAAACUCAAAGACAUUUUCAAAUACGACGAAUUGUUUUUUCCGCAUCGUGGAAGAAAACGCACCACUUCGUCUGUUGUCGAAAGUGGUGGUGGCAAUGGUGGUAUAUUACAUGGUCCAUCAGGUGGUUACAAUAACUACCAAUCGUCAACAGCAGCAGCAUCAAAGAAUGAUGGUCAAACGUUUGGUGAUUGUUUUACAUCAAGCUGCGAUGACAUAACAUUGGCAGCAGCAUCAACAGCACCAUCACCUCAUCAACAACAAAUGGUCACCAAUCAGGCAGAGAAUAUAAAUGCUAUAGUGUCAUCAGCAGCGUUUCAUCUUCCACAACCGUGGCAGACAGUCUUGGCGGAUGCCAACAAUGACGCCGCUAUUUCUUCUGCUGAUGGACAUGAAGAUGAUUGUACUGCCGCCGAAUGUCAAAAGGAAAAUGACGUUAAAAUGAAUGGAUUCGAUCAAUCAGCGCAGCAACAGAAACGUCAACGGCAGCAGCACUACUCUGAAGGGGGUGCAUUCACGAAUCGGCAGCGACAACGGCGGCGGCUUCUGUCAUCAUCAUCAUCAUCAUUGGCAUCAGUUGAAGCGGGAGCUUCAACAUUUUUGCCGCUCAGUUACUCCGAUCAACUUAACCGAUUACACCGAUAUCCAAUUAGAAAAAACCAAUGGCGUGACUAUUAUAUUCAGCAGAUGGCAGCACAAUCUAGACAAUUUCCACCAUUUUGAAUAAGACUUGUUUUUUUUUGUAGCAAUUUUUAUUAUAAUCACCAGCAAAAGAGGCAACUCUACUAAAACUCUAUGUAAUCUUUUGUUUUUAUCGUAAAUCUAAGUGCAGCACAGAAUUUAAGCUAUAGUAGCGCACUCUAUUGUAAAUUAAUGUGUACUAUAUGGUGAAGCAAAUAUAAUAAACACCGCGAAUAAGAGCGAUAGCCUUAAAAAAUUGUGUAAGG